ACCAGUGGUUACGGAAGAUACUGUUGUUUGAUUGAAAAUAAACAAGGUUGUGCAUGAACAUUGGUUACAAAAUUUGCUUCGUUUUUUAAUGUGAAGCGAACUCGUCGUGACGUCAGAUUAGCCCACAGGCAUGAGAGGCACACUAUCAUUUUGGCAGAGAGUAUCAAUAAUUGGUGCCAGUCGCGCCUCCCUUUCUCCUCCGACUGCAGGCAAACUAAGCGUCUUUCUACGCAGACAAUCGACGCGUGACAGCUCGAGCAUGGAUCUCAGUCACAUGAGGAAGAAAUACAAAGGAGACGAGGAGUGUUUCGAGGAGAGCGAACUGACUUCUCUGGACCCAAUCAAGCAGUUUGGAACCUGGUUUGACGAAGCCACCAAAUGCCCGGAGAUUGGCGAGGCCAACGCCAUGUGCAUCGCCACGGCAACCAAAGACGGCCGCCCAUCGGCACGCAUGGUCCUGCUCAAAGGUUACAACGACAACGGCUUCCGAUUCUUCACCAACUACGAGAGCCGCAAGGGAAGGGAGCUGGAGAGCAACCCUCACGCCUGCCUCGUCUUCUACUGGGAGCCUUUGAACAGACAGAUCCGCAUCGAGGGCGAGGUGGAGCGAAUCCCCUACCAGAGUUCCUGCGAGUACUUCCACUCGCGGCCAAAAAGCAGCCAGAUCGGGGCGGUGGUGAGCAGGCAGAGCAUGCCGGUUCCCAAUAGAGCGUUCCUGAGGGAGAAAAAUGCGGAGCUCGAGGAGAAGUAUAAGGACACACAAGUGCCGAUGCCAGACUACUGGGGGGGCUACGUGGUGAAACCCCAUCUGAUCGAGUUCUGGCAGGGCCAAACCAACAGGCUGCACGAUCGCAUCGUCUUCACCAAAGUGGCCACCGACGCCGAGCUGGGUGAGCAUCAGCGGAGUGGUGAAAGCUGCUGGGCUUACCAGCGACUCUCGCCGUGAUCGCCCCACGUCGGCGAGACCCAACUUGAAAAUCUUCAUCCCGACUUUCACUUGAGUGCUUUUU